AUGAAUCCAGUAAGUCCCUGGAUUGCGGCUUUGGCCGACCAAUGUCUCUCGUUCUACCUGGGUCAAAAUGAUCAAAAUGAUCAAGAUGAAAUUCAGGUGGAGGAUUUUGAGGGAUGUCUCAUUUUCAUUAUCCGCAGGCCUACACUCAACACAGCCGUUGUUGUAUCGUGGGGACAAGGAGAGGAUAGUCAUCGGGCUACAUUUACAGAUUCAAAGAAUCAGAUCGAUGCGAUUAUUCUACGUGACUCGCCAGACGCACAGGGGCCCAGCCCACCUUGCCCACCGUCGGUCAAAGGGGGCCCUAGGCACCUAGUUGAACUUUCCGAUAUCAAGCUCAUUUUUACGUACUCGGCGUCUGUUCCGGAUGUCUACCUCCAUGUCAAUCGCUUUACCAUUCGCCCGAAUGCAGUCUCCAGAGGGGAUGUACCGAAACCAAAGCUCAGGAAGACCCCGGCUCUCAGAACCCUAAUGACUAUGGCAUGCGCGAAAAUCCAAAAGCCACAACGGCAUCCUGGCUCCAAAAAUCAACCCGAUACUGGCUUGACCGACCCAUCUGUCUCUCAGCCUGAUCAACCCAUGCCACCCCAUCAUUCUCAAAACGACUCGACCUCACAGUUGCUCUUCUCCCAACCUCCGUCUAAUAUGCGUCAUGGCGCACCGAAGGAUACUUCUAUGGCCAAUCGCAUCCCCAUCAACGGGUCAUUAGAUCUUCUCGGAUUGCUCGCGCCUUCUCGUCAAAUUCAAACGAACGGUUCAGCCACUAGAGAACUCCCAGAGACUCGUGGACUAUCUCUAGGUGAACGUAAAAGCGAGCGUUCGCCCUUGCCAAAUGGAAGGAAGUCAGUUGCCCUACAAGAAAUUGACACGUACCCAACCGGAGCACAAUACUCACCCCGAAGCCUUUUUAGCAACACUGCUGAUGCGACGCGCGCUAGUGAAUCUACCCCCAAUGUAUCUCUCGCCGCCAUCAAGCAAGGUGUGGACGAUCUAAUAGCAGAGUGCCUAAAUCAAGUGGAACCAGAUGAGUCAGUUGAUCAUGGCCGGGCUCAUACUGUUGGAACCGGGCACGACCUGCAAUUUUCGAAAAAAAGACAUCGUGGCAACACAGAUGCGCCGUCACAAGCAGCUCGGGAUGAUAAUCUGGGCUCGCAAUAUGAGCAGAGUCCAAACGCAUCACCCUCCAAAAAGCGACAGCGUAUUGAUGCUGGAGAGGUGAUGCCGACAGCCCCAACUGAAUCCGAGCAAGUGCAAAAUAAAGCCGUGCCAUCACUUCCUAGAGUGCAUAUCGUAAGCACCAAAACAGACAGUGUGUGCCCAUCCACAACUAAUCCAUGGGAAGGAAUGACACGAAUACCUUUGAGCGAAGUUGAUAUUCCAAAAGAUCAGGCAGGACUUUUGGAUGAACUCAAAUGGAUCCCUCAGGACCCCGGUGUAUCUGCACCUCUAUGCCAUGUACCGCCCUAUCUUUUGGCACAAUGGAACGGCAUUGCACGAAGAAGAGAACAUUUGGCAGAAAAGGAAGCAGAAGCAGAAGCAGAAGCACAAGAAGAGCAACAAGAACAACAACAACAAGAAGAAGAAGAAGAGCAAGUAUCGGAACGUGCCUUUACUCCGAGCCAAGAUAUCCAAACAUCCCCCAUACCAUGGUCUCCGUCACCCAAUAGAACCCCCCCUGCUCGAGAUGUGCUUCCACGAGACACUGCUUCUCCCCCAAGAUACAUGAGGCCUACUAGAAAAGCCCCUACGCCACGCGGUACUCAAUGUAGUGUUUAUCCAAUUCCAGAUAAUGACAAUAUGGGCAUAGUGAACGGAUCUUGCAAUGCAUCGUUUCCUCCAGGGAAAGGGGAUGUUGUCGCGUCAAAGGGCAGAGUGAAGGCAGAGGGGCAACAAUGCUCCCAGUCCCCCGAGGAAGCAACAACAAAGCCAAAUCCAGUGUCUCUGGGCGAUGUUCUUGGCGAUGGCCCAUCCCAACAGCAUAACGCCCCAACAUCGCUCAAUGUGCUCAAUGACCAACCGCCAAGUUUAGCACAACAGGAUUCUCGUCGUGAACAACCCGCAGAAAACCCCCCAUCAAUAUUUGGACCGCGUGAUGAAUCAAGUGGUGAUGAGAGCGACGAGCCAGAGAUGGAAACAUAUGUUCCUUUCGCUCUUGGGUCAAGCUUACCCUUAAGCAGUCAGCCUGAGCACGAAAUUGCGAGCUCGGGGCCAGCGCUUCCAGGAUUUGCAAGGGGAACUAUCCAAGUGAUGGAGACACCUGCAGUCCACGCGGCACGUUUGAAACCAGAUAAACAAAACAAACAGAGAGUUGGAUUAGAACCCCAGGGCUCUCAGGCUGCUAUAACAUCCUCCUCAUCUCGAAUUCUCAAUACGUACCGUUCGCAAGAUAGCCGCGGGCAAAGUGAUCCUUCUCAAGAAGCACCGAAUCCAUCUUUACCGAUAUUGGAAGAUCAGUCACUGCGAGUGGAUGUGCUAGGUACUCAGACUCAAACGAGCAGCAUGCAUGCACCAUCACAGGCGACAGUCCAGUCGUCUUCAGACGUUGUGCUUGAUUCAUCGAGACCUGCUCAACGGCAGCGCGGCUCCUCUAUCUUCCAUUUAGACCCCUCGGACGACCCGUCGUCUUUUCCUUAUGCCGGGUGUCACUCGCUGCCCACAUCUCAACCUCAUGAACCAAGCCAAAAUUCUUCGAGGGGACCAUUUUCCCUCGAUGGACCCUCGCAGCUGCCGCAAUUGUCCCCUAUUGAAUCCACCACCUGGGUCGCUGCUCACGGAGAAUCGCCAUCCAAACGUUCACGCCUGACGCGCCGCGAGAGUGCUGAUACUGCUCAUAAGACAUCCUGCGGUCCAAAUGUCGAGUUGGUAGCACGGCGGCAGGGCUUUCUUGGCAAGUCUGACAAGUACGCCGAAGCACAAACAAUAUAUGAAAAGUUCUGCAAUGAUUAUUCACCAUAUUCUGGUGAUUUUGCUCACUUCGUUGAGAUGUGCUCGAAACUACAGGAAAUGCGGCAAAGGGGCCAGCUGCAACGAUCGUUCCUAUGGGAUGACUUUGUCAUCCAACAUCUGGAUGAGUACCCACGCUAUUUUGUAGAGCGCACAUCUCAAGAGUCAAAGGCACUGGACUACGAAGAUUUCUUUUGCUCGACAUUCUCGCGCCCCCGACACAAAAAGAGAAGCUUAACAGCCCAUGGAGUUCACAUAGUCGCGUCUCAGUUUAUGUCACCUACCAGAAAAGGCGAGGUAACCCAGGAUAAAGUGGUGCAAAGCGAAGUAGCCAAUACAUCUUCCACCGGAAGUCUUAUUGGAGAGAUUUCCACCCUUCAUGCUCGGUCCUCUCGUGAUAUCCCGGCUCCAGAUGGCUACAUGCCAACUACAACGCAGUCAUCGUCAUCCUCUGGUAGCACUUGCUCGGAGGAUUCGGUGGAGAUCAAAGUUGAAUCCGAGGAUUCUUCCGAUGGAUCGAUUAACUCCCAAAUUUGCACGAGCAGCGAUAAACAAGCGCCCGCGCUAUCCAAUCCUGAUGAAGAGAUUGUCGAUGCAACGCAAUACGACGCAGAUAACAGUCGUAUUGCACCUCAUCUGAACGACGCUGACAUGACUAAAGUCGACAUAGAUAGUCAUGACGAGAUACAAGAUGGAGAUAAUACUCACCAUGAAACUGCCAGCAUUGAACUCGGCGAUGAAACUGACGAUCGCCGCAUCUCUACCUCUCCCGCUCCGUCCGACCCGCCCACGGCCCUGGGUUCUCUCAAUAAUGCCGCGAUCGAACCACCAAGACAACGAAGACCCUGGUUCCGAUCUCUUCGGAACAUUUAUCCCACGGGUCCUGUGUGGUCCGAUGACCCCAACACCCCGCUCAAGCGCUGGGCUCGCCAAGACCAAAACGUUCUUCAGGAACUAAAUCGUCGUGGUGGAGCCAGGAUUUCACUUGAUGAAAAGGGUGUUAUUCGUCGGCCCAUCUACACCCGAGGGAAGAACCCUGAUCCCUAG